GUAAUCGUCGAUCGUCAUUGCAUACGCAUCAAGGUCCAAGAAAGCAAGCGUAAACAGUACUCCUUUAACACGAUGCAGCCUUUGAAAAGAACACCUACCUAAAGGAGAGGAAAAGGAUGGCGGUGACAGUGACUCCCAAAACCUGGCAGAAAAGAGGAAAAACUGGACCCAAACUUUGAAGUCCACGUCGGACAUCAAUCGCUUGCCACUAUAUAAAACCUAGUAAGAGGCUUAGAGCAAAUUCAGUAUUCAUAUCUCAAAACAAACAACACUGCUGAAGCCAGAAUUGCAAAUACCCAUUCCACUGAGAGAAAGAAGAGAGACAUAGGGCGAUGGAAGGAGAUAAAGGAACUGUCUGCGUCACAGGAGGAACCGGAUACAUAGGCUCGUGGCUGAUCAAGGUGCUUCUUGAACAGGGUUACUCUGUUCAUACUACUGUCAGAGUCGACCCAGGUAACAAGAGAGAUCUUAGCUUCCUCACCAGCCUACCAGGUGCAGAUGAAAAGCUUAAAAUCUUCACGGCAGAUCUUAGUUGUCCUGAGAGUUUCGAUGCAGCCAUUGAGGGAUGCAAAGGAGUUAUCCAUGUUGCCGCUCCCAUGAAUUUCCAAGAGGACGAAACUGAGGCAGUAUUGACACAAAGGGCAAUCGAUGGAGCACUAGGCAUUUUGAAGUCAUGCUUAAGAUCAAAAACAGUGAAGAGAGUCGUCUUCACUUCUACCAUUGCCGCAGUUUAUUUCAACAAGAAGAAUGUGGACGUGAUGGAUGAGAGUUAUUGGACUGAUGUGGAUUACAUUAGAGAACUUAACUUGCACGUAAGUUCUUAUGCGAUUUCCAAGACCUUGACAGAAAAAGCAGUUAUUGAAUUCGCAGCAGAACAUGGAUUGGAUCUGUUGACGGUCAUUCCUCCGAUGGUUGUCGGUCCCUUCAUUUGUCCAAAGAUGCAGAAUACAGUGCGCGUAGCUUUGACUCCGAUACUAGGGGGUACGGCUGACGAUAGUCUUCUUAUCAAUGCCGCGAUGGUGCAUAUUGAUGAUUUGUCAAGGGCAAUGAUCUUCCUGCUAGAGAAUCCUGAUGCAAAAGGGAGGUAUAAUUGUUCCUCGGACACAGUAACUAUUGAAAAGAUUGUUGAACUUCUUUCAGCUAAUUAUCCAGAAUUCCCAAUUGUGCAUUCACUAGCAGAAACUGAAGGUACUAGAAUGCCAGGUUUGUCAUCAAAGAAACUCAUGGAUUUGGGUUUCAAAUUUAACUAUGGGGUUAAGGAUAUAUAUGAUGGAGCUAUUAAGUGCUGCAAGGAAAAAGGGUUUCUCUGAGAUCAAGGACUUGAUGACUUUAUGUAUGAUUCAAUCAGUUGAGGGCUUCCUUUGGAGAUUUUAGGAUUCUGAAGAAGGAAGCAGCUCAUUAUUUUUGGUCUAAUAACAGGAAAAUUAAUGUAUUUUCUGCUGGAUUUUCAUGUUUGGAUGCUUGUGUUUUGCUGAAGUAUAUAUGGACUUCAUUAUUGUAGUUUGGUUGCAGCCAAGUUUCUUUCUCAACGUUCACCAAUAAAUAAUUAAAACAAGAAUGCAUACCUCCAAAGAUGAAGUUUAAUUAAACUAUUUGGACUACUAUAUUGCGUAUCCAACAUUUUGAACCAAAUGCCUAAGACAUAGUUAUUGAUUGUUGGAUUCUAUGGUAGUUUGUACAAGUAAAAAGAUGAAGGGCUGACAAUCAAACAAAUGAAAAGUAAAAAGUCCAAAUAGUAGUAUAUAACUGGGAACAAAUAAGUUACACAACCUACCAUUUGGACAUGAUUGCAUAUUUGAAUAUGCGUUUAAGAAUCUUAAAGGCAUAAUUAUAAUUAUGAGGAAUUGUAAUAAAGUUUUUAGAUCAGUAUCGACCAUCUUGCUUUUUAAUUGCCGAGAAAGAAUAAGGCUAAA